GUCAACUUAUUGAAAUUCAAAUAUUCAUCCGUAGAUAAAAAUUACUUCGAAAUUUCUUCAACACAAAACAUUUCGGCAUUUGAUUUCGCUUAAAAUUUUCCAACGCAAUAGAUGCAUUCAAACAAAUUUUGACUCAAACUAAACAGACUAAAAGGAAACCACUUACGCUAACAAUGUUGGUUAGACAAUAUCCUUGUUGCUUUUUCACACCUAAUAAACAACGGCACAGGUAUGUUGAACCAGAUCCAUUAUUUGCGCCAUUCCAUAGGUGUAAACCAGGAUCGAAGGGCAGCAUUAUCUAUGACCUGUAUAAAACACCCGGAAUCUCUGAGCGAAUGAUAAAAUCUCUACUUUUAUCGGAUUGUCCAGAGAAGAAAUGCAAAUGUGGUGACGCAUGGAAUGGACAAGAUCCCUUGGGAUCCAUACCUUUUACCAAAGAUCUUACAGAGGAGGCGCUCGUUACUGAAAAGGAUUCCCAGCAGCAACUACUAAUGGAAAGACUGGGAUUCUUCGAGGACGGCACAUUCAUGUCGGAAGAGGAAAAGAUGCGUGAGUGGUUAAAAGAGUUAAACAAAAUUUAUAACGAUUACAACAAUAAUUACAUAAGUAUCAAGCAUAGAAAAGGCAAACGACGACGCAACAGUACAUACUUGGACUAUCCAUUAUUUUAUACUGACUCCAAAACUAAUUACAUAAAUAACAAUCUUAAAAAAGGCGAACCACAAGGCAGAGCAGAUUCGCUUGUAAGCUAUGGAGCUAGACUAUCAGCUAGAUCAAGAUUGGGAGAUAGCGAAUGGCGUGAAUCUAAAGAUUUUGGAGCGUGGUAUGCAAGAUGGAGAGAAAAUAACGAAUUUCCACUCGAAUUAUCUCAAGAUUUGAAAGAAGAUAUGGAAAAAUUGAUUUAUCGUUUAAGAAGCUCCAAAGGAGCAGGUGAUAGGCAGUCGUUAAAGACAUUGCUUUACUAUCCGCCAUAUGUUGCAGGGCAAGAAAAUGUUUGGAAAACUUUAAGUCCUGAUUUCGGUGCCGCAGAUUUGAGAGAUAAGCUGCAACAACUUGGUCAUCAAACAGAGUUCAGCAUGUGGAGAAUGUUAGCAUUAGAUUGCAUAAUCAAGGGACAACCAAUACCAUAUCAUCUUUACGAUAGUAAACUAUUAAGAGAACUUAGAGCGGAUCUGCAAGAACUUUUAGCAAAAAUAAGCACACAAAAUGAAGAGGAAAUGAUUCGCUCAAAACUAUAAGGAAGAAGUUAUAAUCUGAUUAUAGCGCGCUGAGUUUGUGUUUGUUAAGUGGUGCGUAAAACUGAAGAUUGCGUGAAAUACGAUGAAACUAAAUUAAUUAAAAUUAAA